AUUGGUUAGCGGCGGGAAGCGCAACCCGGAAGUGUGGGCACAGUUCAUGUUGCACGUGGAACGCGGGAUUGCCGAGGAUCGUGGGCGCGGGAAGCUUUCUUGGCGUCGUUGUGGGAGCGCUAAUAGACUGCUGUUAUGAACUCCCGGGGAUCCACAGCAAUUGAGGACGCGUCGGCAGAGGCGGGAGAUGGUUCAGGGAGUGAGCCUUGUUUGUCUGACAACGGGAGUGAGGACGCCUGGGAAGAAGAAGGCGACGACGCGGGAUCUGCGCUGAGGACACCCUGCCUUUUCUGCGAAAGACUUUUCAGUUCCGCGGAAGAUGCUUUUAGCCAUUGCACAUCAGACCAUGGGUUCAAUGUUGGAAUGUUGGUUCGUAAACAUGGACUCGAUUUCUACAGCUACAUCAAGCUAAUAAACUUCAUUAGGGUGGAAAAACCAACUGCAGAGAUUCUGAAUUCUCUCAGUUCGCCACUUCCUUGGGUGGAAGAGAAAUAUUUGAAGCCUGCAUUGGAAGAUGACUUGUUACUCCAGUUUGAUAUAGAAGAUCAACUUGACUCUGUACCUAAUGGUCUGACUGAGACCUCAUCUCUUCUUGAGCGAUUGCAACAUGCGGAGCACAGGGCAGAAUUGGCAGAAGCUGCGUUGGCCAGAGCCCAAGAUGAUCUUCAGAAAAUGAGACAGUUUGCCCAUGAUUUUGUGAUGAACACAGAAGUCAGGCGUGUCUCAUCAGCCAAUACCAUUGCGGACUUAGAGGAGGAUGAAGAAAAUGUUUACUUCAGUUCAUACGGGCACUAUGGGAUUCACGAAGAGAUGAUAAAGGACAAAGUGCGCACAGAAAGCUAUCGUGACUUCAUAUAUCAAAACCCCCACAUCUUUAGAGAUAAGAUCGUUCUGGAUGUUGGUUGUGGAACAGGAAUCCUCUCCAUGUUUGCUGCCAAAGCAGGUGCAAAAAAGGUGAUAGGAGUGGACCAGUCUGAAAUUAUCUAUCAAGCUAUGGACAUAAUUAGACUUAAUAGACUUGAAGAUACUGUUUCUUUGAUCAAAGGAAGAAUUGAAGAUGUUGAUUUGGCAGUUGAAAAAGUAGAUGUUAUCAUAUCAGAGUGGAUGGGCUACUUCCUUCUCUUCGAGUCAAUGCUGGAUUCUGUCAUUUUUGCAAGAGACAAGUACCUGGUGAAGGGAGGCUCAGUGUAUCCUGACAUCUGCACCAUUAGCCUGGUGGCUAUAGGUGAUCUUAAGAAACAUGCUGACAGAUUCGCUUUUUGGGAUAAUGUGUAUGGUUUCAGCAUGUCCUGCAUGAAAAAGGCCGUUAUUCCAGAAGCAGUUGUAGAUGUUUUCGAUUCAAGCACACUUAUAUCUGAAGCUUGUGUCAUCAAGCGGAUAGACUGCCAUGUUGUAUCUGUUCCAGAAUUACAGUGCUCAUCAGACUUCACCCUGAAGGUCAUGAAGACUUCAGUGUGUACGGCAAUUGCGGGAUAUUUUGAUAUAUAUUUUGAGAAGAAUUGCAACAAGCAAGUAAUGUUUUCUACAAGUCCCUGUUGUGCCAAGACACACUGGAAACAGACAACAUUUUUUCUGGAGAACCCAAUUGCUGUGGAAGAAGGUGAAGAGCUGAAAGGAAAGAUAAGAAUUCACAAAAACAGAAAAGAUCCACGCUCCCUUAUCAUAACACUCACAAUUAAAAAUGUGACACAGACUUACACCCUUCAGUGAGGACUGUUCUGUAAACAGCUUAGGGGUGAAUUGCUUUGCUUGCCGUAAAUAUUUGCAGGGAGAUGGCAACUGAAAAAUAAUGAUGGCUGCAUGGUUCAACUUUAGAUGUAUUUUACUGUAAGUCUUUGCAGAUUUCAUACAUAUGAGUAGGGUCCACUGAAUGCAGUGGGUUUUAUAUCUGAGUAAGCAUUCAUAGCAUCGUACUGGAUAUGAAGGUAGCUGCAAAUGGAUGUGUAGAACACAUGAGCUCUGCAAUCUAUGAUAGUUCAGUAUUUUGGAACUCUGAAUUCAUAGUUUGAUUUUGUUGGUGGCAUUAGCUCAUCUCAGAGAGCUCCCAGUAGUAGAAGGGUUUAUGUGAGUUUCUUCAUGCAGCCCUUAAUGACACUCCCCUACUGCUCUGAAAGGUUUAGUAUCAUCCAAAGAUUUUGGAGAACAAAGUAUGCUGCAGAGGUUGGUGGAGGUGAACAAACUCACCUCCUAGACUGGUUGGAUUUUUCCACUGAAUUGUAAGUCCCCCAUGGAUGAAUGGACUCCAGCCAUUUGUAAGAGGCAGAGACCAUGUUCAGACCACUGGCAGGAAUCUUGAGUAUAAGAAAUUUACAGAUUUGUUUGUUAUAAGACUGUUUUUCUUCCAUUAGUUUUAAAUGAAAUAAAGUUACUCUUUCCCCUAAUACAGUUAAAAAUAAAAUUGUAAAAA